GGGGGGGAGGUGAGCUGGUGUAUAAAUGAGCUGCAGGUGAGGGUGGAGUGACACAGCAGGUCCUGGAGCUGAUACGAACACAAAGGUUCCAGUCAGAGCAGAGAAGCAGCACGAUGGUGAAAGCUCUGUUGUCAUUACUCUUGGUCCUGGUGACCUUGUCCUCCACACUGGGGAAGCCAGAGAAGAACAUCCCGAAGAGGGGCAAGAGAAUUGUUCAGACGCUGUCCAGAGGGUGGGGAGAUCAGCUCAUCUGGGCACAGACCUAUGAAGAGGCCCUGUACUGGUCCAGGUUAAAGAACAAGCCGCUGAUGGUCAUCUUUCACCUGGAAGACUGUCCACACAGCUUGGCGAUGAAGAAGGUCUUUUCUGAGGACAAGGAGCUCCAACGUAUUCUUGACGAGGACUUCAUUGUCCUUAAUCUUAUGUAUGAAACCACAGACAAACAUCUCUCCCCCGAUGGACAGUACGUUCCCAGAAUCAUCUUUGUCGACCCCUCCAUGACUGUGAGGGCCGACAUCACGGGUCGCUACUCCAACCGCAUGUACGCCUAUGAGCCCUCUGACAUCAAGCUCUUGAGGGACAACAUGGAGAAGGCUAAGAAGCUUCUGAAGACGGAGCUAUAGCCUCACACCCUCACCUUGUGACCGAGUCGGAAGUUCAACAGACGCCAGUGUCGUGCCGUCUCCUGUUUACACCUUCAACAUGAAGCACUGGAGUAUUUUCUUGUCCCCCGGCCUUGCCUCUUAGUCGUCCUAAUCGUAACCCUCCCCCGUGUUGUCUGUAGAGUAUGCUGGUGUGUGUCCAUUCUGUCUUUAUAAAUAAACCUGCUCACACAUCAUCCU